GGGGCUCCUUCCGAUCUCUUGGAGACUUCUGGAGAGCCCAGAUGGAUGAGCAAUUCUCAGCUGGCCCUGAAACAGGAAGAGGCCACGCCCUGGAAACUGGGAGCAGUGGGGGAUUGUGUGAAAACUCCAUGCAGAAGAUCCUGGAUGAGGAGGACACCCUUUGCUCAGCUGUGCAGAGCCAGCAGCUCAGGCAGUUCUGCUACCAGGAGGCCAAAGGACCCCGAGAGGUUUGCAGCCAAUUCUACCACCUUGACCAUCAGUGGCUGAAGCCAGAAAGGCACACAAAAGCUGAGAUGCUGGACCUGGUGAUCUUGGAGCAGUUCCUGGCUGUCCUUCCAGAAGAGAUGGAGAUCUGGGUGAGGGAAUGCGGAGCGGAGACCACUUCCCAGGCGGUGGCCCUGGCCGAAGGUUUCCUCCUGAGUCAGGCAGAGGAGAGGAAGCAGGCAGAGCAGCAGAGGAAGGAUCUUUUGGCAGAAAUGGGUCUUGAUUCUUCUGAGGCAGAGAAGACUCCGCUGGACGCCAGAGUGAGGCCUCUGGCUGACGGAAUGAUGCCACCAAGACCUGCUCCUUCAUCUUUUCAUGGUGGUGGAGGGGCUGCAGCAGCUGUGGACCCAGAUCAGGGUCCAGUGUGCUUUGAAGAUGUGGCUGUCCAUUUCACAGAUGACGAGUGGGCGUUGCUGGAUCCUGACCAGAGAGCUCUCCAUAAGGAAGUCAUGGAGGAGAAUCGUGGGAUCUUGGACUCUCUCGGUGGUGAUGAAUUGGAAAUGAAGAACAAGGGAGACCACAACGAAAUCCACACAGUGGAGGAGCCAUAUCAGGAUUCAGACUGUGGAGAGGGCUUCAGUCAGAGCUCCCAUUCCACUUCCCAUCAAAGAAAUCCCCUUGAGAAGAAACCCUAUCAGUGCUUGGAAUGUGGAAAAAGCUUCACUUGGAAACAGAGUUUCGCUACCCAUCAAAGAAUUCAUACAAAAGAGAAACCCUAUCACUGCUUGGAGUGUGGAAAGAGCUUCAGUCAAAGCCACAACCUCACUUCCCAUCGUAGAAUUCAUACAGGGGAGAAACCAUAUCACUGCGUGGAAUGUGGAAAGAGCUUCAGUCAGAGGGCCAAGCUCACUUCCCAUCGUAGAAUUCAUACAGGGGAGAAACCAUAUCACUGCGUGGAAUGUGGAAAGAGCUUCACUUGGAAAAAGUGUUUCACUUCCCAUCAAAGAAUUCAUACAGGGGAAAACCCCUAUCAGUGCCUGGAAUGUGGAAAGAGCUUCACCAGGAAAGAAAGUCUCACUGUCCAUCAAAGAAUUCAUACAGGGGAGAAACCGUAUCAGUGCUUGGAAUGUGGAAAGAGCUUCACCUGGAAAAUAAGUUUCACUUCCCAUCAAAGAAUUCAUACAGGGGAAAACCCCUAUCGGUGCCUGGAAUGUGGAAAGAGCUUCGUUAACAGCGCCACACUCACUUACCAUCAAAGAAUUCAUACAGGGGAGAAACCGUUUAAGUGCUUGGAAUGUGGAAAGAGCUUCACCUGGAAAAUAAGUUUGACUUCCCAUCAAAGAAUUCAUACAGGGGAAAACCCCUAUCGGUGCCUGGAAUGUGGAAAGAGCUUCAUUAACAGCGCCACACUCACUUACCAUCAAAGAAUUCAUACAGGGGAAAACCGCUAUCAGUGCUUGGAAUGUGGAAAGAGCUUCAAUCAGAGUGCCCAUCUCGCUUCUCAUCGUAGACUUCAUACAGGGGAGAAACCAUAUCAGUGUGCGGAAUGUGGAAAGAGCUUCAUUAGAAAGCACAGUUUCACUUCCCAUCAAAGAAUUCAUACAGGGGAGAAACCAUAUCAGUGCAUGGAAUGUGGAAAGAGCUUCAGUCAGAGGGCCAAGCUCACUUCCCAUCAAAGGAUUCAUACAGGGGAGAAACCAUAUCAGUGUGCAGAAUGUGGAAAGAGCUUCAAACAGAGUGCCCAUCUCACUUCUCAUCAUAGACUUCAUACAGGGGAGAAACCCUAUCAGUGUGCGGAAUGUGGAAAGAGCAUCAUUCCAAAGCACAGUUUCACUUCUCAUCGUAGACUUCAUACAGGGAAGAAAGCCUAUCAGUGCAUGGAGUGUGGAAAGAGCUUCAUGAGAAAGAACAGUUUCAUUUCUCAUCAAAGAAUUCAUACAGGGGAGAAACCCUAUCAGUGCUUGGAAUGUGGAAAGAGCUUCAAUCAGAGGGCCCAUCUCACUUCUCAUUGUAGACUUCAUACAGGGGAGAAACCAUAUCAGUGUGCGGAAUGUGGAAAGAGCUUCACCAGGAAAGAGAGUCUCACUGUCCAUCAAAGAAUUCAUACAGGGGAGAAACCCUAUCAGUGCUUGGAGUGUGGAAAGAGCUUCACCUGGAAAGAAAGUCUCAUUGCCCAUCAAAGAAUUCAUACAGGGGAGAAACCAUAUCAGUGCUUGGAAUGUCGAAAGAGCUUCACCAGGAAAGAAAGUCUCACUUCCCAUCAGAGAAAUCUUACAGGGGAGAAGCCCUAUCAGUGCCAAGAGUGUGAUCGGAGGGAUUUAUGAAAGUCUGGUCUCAUUUUUCAAGUUCUCUAAAAAAAUACAGUUGGAGCUCUUAAAAGGACUUAGAACUGGCUGAAAAAGCUAAAAUCAAGACAGACUUCGACAAGUUCGUUUCUCUUUGAAGGAAAAGGAGAAUGUUAGCCGCUUUGAGACUCCUUAAAGGGAGUGAAAGGCCGGAUAUCAAAUCCAAACUACUCCUCUUCUUCUUCUUGCAGGACCCCCUUUUCCUUCCUCUUUGCUCAGAGAGUCGGAAACAACUCUCUCUCAAGAGACCCUGGAGCCAAACGCUUGCAGAGUUUUCCUCUAGCUUCUGAAGCAAAGGGUGUACAGAAAUCUGUUCCCCACGGAGGGAGAAGCUCGCCAGGCCCCCAAGGUCCCUGGAUGAAGCAGCUCUGUGCCCUCACCACGCCCGGGGUGUUGGAAAAACGCCUGGGAAGGCCGCCACCUUCCCAAGACACCGAGACAUCUCUCCGGUGGUCACCCUCUGGCUGUAAAUCUUCCUCAGUCCCGAGAGACUGGUAAUAAGCAACCCCUUCCUCCUGAGAGGAGCACACUCGUCUUCUGGCAUCUCAUUGCAGAAGAAAGAGACAAUCAGUAGCUAUAAACUACUUUAUUCAUUGUCUAUACACAGAGAAUCCACCAGCAUGUCUGCUCUCUCUGAGCAGCAGAACAGAAGAGCGCACUUCACACAGAAGCGAAAGUAACUUUUCACAGUACUGAGACUGUGCUGAGACUUCCUGUCUCACACUCUCAGACACUCACAUGAUGUAAACAACCAUUGAGCUGCUCUCUGAGCAGCUGGUGAGAUAAAAAUCCGCAGGGAAAGAGGACCAGCAAAAGGGUUAAGUGGCACCGAGCUGGCUUCCUAGAGAGGAAUAAAGGGAGGAGGCUCCCCAGAGCACAAGCUCCGCCCCCAUCUGGGCUUUUGUCUCUCUGCUCCGCAAGUGCUGCCUGGGGGCGCCUUCUGGGAUCCGGUGAGUGGCCUUGGGGAGAUGGGGGGUCCCAGGGCUGCAGGGGAGGGUCCCCC